AUGUGCUCUCAUGAUAUUAUUAUUAUUAUUAUUAUUAUUAUUAUUAUUAUUAUUAUUAUUAUUAUUAUUAUUAUUAUUAUUAUUAUUAUUAUUAUUCAACGCUUUUCUGCCAAGAGGCAAUAUUUGUACCGCCCCCCGCCAGCCGGGGCCAUGGUAUCUCAUGGUAUGCAAGCUACAUAA